AUGAACCUAAAAUAUAAAGCAAUUAUUCUUUUAUUAGCAGGUUUAGCUGCUAGCUUUGUGCUUAUAAAUAGCAUACAUAAAAAAGAGUAUGACGAUUCACUGGGAGUCAGAGUUCCUUAUGUUGAUCAGACUAGUUACUCCAACUUACUAGAAAUUAAAACCACUCACUUCCAUUUAGACAUUUAACUUGAUUUUUCAUUAAAUUAAAUUAAUGGAACAUAAACACUAUUCAUGACAGCAACUAGAAGUGGCGCUAGUCAUCUUGAUUUAGAUAUUGAUGGAAUAUAGGUAUAAUAAGUCAGAGAAGAAAGUUAAGGUGAGCUAAAAUUUGUAGUUAACUAUCCUAAAGAAGUAGUAACUGGUGAACAGUUGUCCAUUUCUCUAAAAGAACCUCUAAUUAAAGGAAAAUAAUAUAUUUUCUACAUAGAUUAUUCGGUUUAGAAUUCUUCAGCAUCAUCAUGGUUGACUCCAUAAUAAACAGCUUCCAAAAUUUUACCUUACUUAUUUACUUAGUGUGAAUCAACAUAUUGCAGAAGUUUAGCACCAUUCUAGGACUCUCCCUAUAUCAAAUCUACUUAUUCUGCUAAUGUAACUGUUUAGGAUCCAAUAAACAUAUUUUUAAGUGCUAAUUUAACCUCAAAAAUACCUCACCCAACUUUAAAAGACUACUCUAUUUACUCUUUUAGAAUGGAUAUUCCUAUACCUUCUUAUCUUUUCACUAUUGUAGCUGGUAAUGUAGUCCUUUAAAUGAUAGGUGAAAGAACUGGUGUUAUUAGUGAACCUACUCACAUUUAGGCAUAUGCAAACGAAUUGAGUGAUUUAGAACUGUAUUUGUAAACUUUAGAAAAUUACACUAUUCCUUACACAUGGGGUAACUAUCAAAUUGUUAUACUACCUCCUAGUUUCCCAUUCGGAGGUAUGGAAAAUCCACUAGUUACAUUUGCUUCUCCUUCAAUAAUUGUAGGUGAUAAAAGUGGUGUUUAAGUUGCCAUCCACGAAAUUGCUCAUAGUUGGUUUGGAAAUUUAGUUACUUUGCUUAAUUGGAGAAAUGUGUGGAUUAAUGAAGGUUUAACUGUUUAUCUUGAACGUUAAGCAAAUUUAAUUUUAGGAGGAGAAGAUAAUUAUCUUAUUGAUUCUUAUGUUGGAAAUAAUACUUUGAUGGAUGACAUGAAUGGAUAUGGACUUAAUAGUAACUAUACUUCUUUGCAUCCUUUCGUUAAAGGAACAAAUCCAGAUGAUUCCUUUUCUAACGUUCCUUAUGAAAAAGGUUUUUAAUUUGUAGCCUACCUAGAGACUGUUGUUGGUAAAGAAUUCUUGCAAGGCUUUUUGCGCUCUUAUUUGCAAAAAUUCAAAUAUCAAAGUAUUGAUCAUGUCACAUUCCGUGAAUUUUUCACUGAAUACUUGAUUCUCAAUAACCCUAGAAAGGCAUCCAAGAUCUUAACUCAAAUAAAUUGGGAUGCUUGGAUUAAUGGAGUUGGCUUACCUCCUGUCAUUCUGAACUUCACAACCCCAAUAGUCCCUGAAACAUAAUAAUUAGCAAAAGAUUAUAUAAGUUUAAAUGGAACUGCAUCUCCUAGCAAUUACGAUUUCUUCAACUAAAUCACCUUAAAUGCAAAGACUAUAUUUUUGUAAUAUCUAUUUGAUAAUUUAAGUUCAGUGAACACAGCUAUCAUUUAAAGAAUCGAUUAAGACUACUAACUCUCCAACAGCACUAACAUGGAACUCUAAUGGAGAUGGUAUAGAGUAACAAUCAAGGUCGGUUAUAAUGCUAAUAUUGAAUAAAUUCAUUCCUUCCUUGGAAGUAUUGGAAGAUUAAAAAUGAUAUCACCAGUUUACUAAGCUUUAGUUGAGACAAAUUAAAAAGCUUUAGCAUAGCAAUAUUUCAAUGAAUACUAAAACUUUUAUCAUCCUAUCGCUGUAAUUGCUAUCAAAAAGAUUGUCUAAUGA